AUGCUGCUUGGCUUCCAUUUCAUUUUAGAAGGUACAGUCCAAGAAGUUGCAAUCUACUUCCCUCGGUACAAAGCAAUGCCAGUUAAUCACAUCAAAUUCUUCAGAAGCAUUACCAUCCCAAAGGAGGUAAUUCGCCUAGUGAGCCAUAGAACUUUUGCUGCUGGUGCUAAAGCAAAGAAAGGUUCUAAAGGCGGUGCUGCUGCAGAUGCUCCAAAGGCUUCCAUACUGAGCAAAGAAGUUAAAUCCACUACAGUUGUUGGUGCCAAUAUCCUAAAGGAUGGGACUGACCCUAAAGUCUUGCCUGAUUCUGAAUAUCCUGAUUGGCUCUGGCACUUACUCGAUAAACGUCUGGCUCUUAGCGAGCUAAGAAGAAAAGAUGUGGAAACUCUUCCAUAUGAGGAACUCAAACGGUUUGUCAAGCUAGACAAUCGAGCUAGGAUCAAGGAAAAUAAUUCUCUCAAGGCAAAGAACUAA